CCAAACAACUUUAAGGGUGUUUAUUUUAUAAAAUGGCCUAACCAGAGCCAACAAGAAGACUUCUCAACAUAACCAAAAUCUUUCUCAAUCCCCAAAGGGAGAGAGAUCGAUGAGCAGGAGGAACAGUAACUGGCCAAAGCUCGAGCUGAAGCUGAAUCUUUCUCCACCUCCAUCUCAAGCCAGCCAGAUGAGCCUGGUUCGAUCUCCGACCCGAUCCAACACAACUUCACCGAGCUCAUGCGUUUCGUCUGAAUCGAACCAGGAGGAGAUGGAGACAACAACCUCAAUGGUUCUUGUGGGUUGCCCUCGUUGCCUUAUGUACGUUAUGCUCUCUCAAGAUGACCCAAAAUGCCCAAAAUGUAAAAGCACCGUUCUUCUUGAUUUCCUCCACCAAAACGCCUCCACCGCUACAACCGCUCCCACCGCCACAGCUAAACGCAAUAAGAGCCGCUGGAACUGAAUUAAAAUCAAACCCCAUCUUUUGCUUUUUUUUUUUUUUAUAUAACUGAGAAAUUCCAAACCUAUAAACUGAUCCAACCGCACUUGUUUCUGUCUUUUCUUUUGCUUCUUCUUGUAAUUGUUUUGUCUUAAGAGUAGUGCUAAUCACGCUCCACUUAGACCAGACUUGAAGUGAAGCGCGUCUAGCACAAACUUUGCUUUUAAUGAAAUAUGAUUUUUCUUA